CCUCUCCUUCUUACUUACAUUGCCAUCAAUGUCUUUGCUUACGUCAACAGUUUGAAUUUCCUCAAAUUGAUUCAGUGGUCAAAACAAAUUUCCUAAGUGCCAAUAAAAUGGAACAUAAAAACAAAUAUAGCGUAUUACUUCCGACAUAUAAUGAAAAAGACAAUUUGCCUAUUAUCAUUUGGCUUUUAGUUAAAGCUUUUACUGAAAGCGGAAAUGAUUUUGAAAUCAUAGUAAUUGAUGACGGAAGCCCCGAUGGGACUUUAGAUGUAGCAAAACAACUACAAACCAUUUAUGGAGACAAAAAUAUAGUCUUGAGGCCAAGAGAAAAGAAACUCGGUCUAGGGACAGCCUAUAUUCAUGGAAUCAAACAUGCUACAGGCAACUUUGUUGUUAUUAUGGAUGCAGAUUUAUCUCAUCAUCCUAAAUUUAUCAAAGAAUUCAUUGAAAAACAAAAAGAAAACAACUAUGAUAUAGUUUCUGGAACUCGAUACAGUGGAAAUGGUGGAGUUUACGGAUGGGACCUCAAAAGAAAAAUUAUUAGCAGAGGUGCUAACUAUGUUACCCAGGUACUGUUGAGACCAGGUGCUUCUGAUCUCACUGGAAGCUUUCGCUUGUAUAAGAAGGAAGUUUUAAAACAACUGGUGCAAUCUUGUAAAUCAAAAGGAUAUGUCUUUCAAAUGGAAAUGGUUAUAAGAGCAAGGCAAUUUGGUUUCACAAUCGGUGAAGUUCCAAUUUCAUUCGUUGAUCGUGUUUACGGAGAAUCAAAACUCGGUGGGAAUGAAAUCUUUCAGUUUGCUAAAGGUCUUCUCUAUCUGUUUGCUACUACUUAACGCAUUUUUCAAGCUAAAUGACUUUAAAAUACAUUUGGUUAUGCUAUUUUGAA